GCCUGUCUUCUUGGUUGGCUUGGGAAAAGCCACUGCGUAUCAAAUAGCAGGUGGUAAAGAUGCUGCAGUGAGUUCGGAGCUGAAUCUUAACUGAAGCCUCAGCAUGUCUAUACUGCUGAUGGUGGGUGUGGUGAUGUGGGGGGCCCAAGGGGGGGUCCAUGGGGCCAUGUGUCCCGGAGGGGUCCUUGGUAACUGCCCCACCCAGCAGAGCAACACCUCUGGUGGGGGUGAGACCUCCAGGGACUACUGCUACACCGCCCGUAUCCGAUCCACCGUGCUCCAGGGCCUGCCCUUCGGAGGGGUGCCCACUGUGCUCGCACUCGACUUCAUGUGCUUCCUGGUACUCCUGUUUGUGUUCUCCAUCUUGAGGAAGGUGGCGUGGGACUACGGCCGCUUGGCGCUGGUCACUGAUGCAGACAGACGGAGUCAGCGAUACAGCCGUCUGGACGAACAGGAAUACAUGCCUUUCCUGUCCUCCUGUGUGAGCGCAGCCCUUGAGGCGCCCAGCAGGCAGGAUGUUUACAGGGUGGAGAG